AUGGCGGCAGUCGGGACGGACGUCGAGGUGGCGGCAGCGGCGACGGGCGGCGGUGAGGCCCACGAAAUCUUCAGGAAUGUGAAUCGUCCGGUCGUAUUGAAGUUCAACGACGUCGUUUACCGCGCCAAAACGAAAAAUCACGGCCACCCGUCGAACACCGAUGACGGCGAAAAACUUAUCCUCAAGGGCAUAACCGGAAUUGUCCGACCAGGAGAAAUGCUCGCCAUGCUCGGCCCCUCAGGCAGCGGCAAGACGACCCUCCUGACCGCCCUCGGCGGCCGCCUCCCCGCGGGCGGCUCCAUCACUUACAACGGCCGCCUGUUCUCCAACUCCGUCAGGCGCUCCACGGGGUUCGUCACGCAGGAUGACAAUCUCUACCCCCACCUCACCGUCAAGGAAACGCUCGUCUACACCGCCCUCCUCCGCUUACCGCGCGCCCUCGGUACAACCAGCAAGGUACAACACGCCGAGGCCGUGAUGGGACGACUGGGCCUGCACGGGUGCAGGGACAGCCUGAUCGGUGGGGCCCACAAACGAGGCGUGUCGGGUGGGGAGAGGAAGAGAGUGAGUAUCGGGCAGGAGUUGUUGGUCGACCCCAGCUUGUUGCUUCUCGACGAGCCAACGUCCGGUUUGGACUCGACCACGGCCCAGACGAUAGUCUCGACUCUGUUGGAUCUCGCGGAAGGCGGCGGCCGGACGGUCUUGAUGACGAUCCACCAGCCGUCGAGCAAGCUUUUCUACAUGUUUCAUAAGGUGCUUUUGUUGUCGGAGGGGAGUACGCUGUAUUUUGGGGACGGCGGCGCCGCGUUGGAUUAUUUCUCGGGAGUCGGGUUUGCGCCGUCGGUCGCUAUGAACCCGGCCGAUUUCUUGCUCGAUCUUGCCAACGGAGUCACGGCGAACGAUUUUCAAGAGGAUCAAGCGGCCGUGAAGCAGACUCUGGUGUCGGCCUACAAAGCAAAACUCUCCGAGUCGGUGAGCGCCGAACUGGAGGCCUAUAGCAGCUAUGAUAAUCACGACUCCACCACGGACGAUGAGGAGUCGAGCAAGUGGGCCAACUCUUGGUGGUCGCAAUUCACGGUGUUGUUCAGAAGAGGGCUAAAAGAGAAAAAACACGAGACCUUCAAGGCUAUCAAGGUCUUGCAGGUCAUGGUCGUCGCUAUCAUAUCCGGCCUCCUAUGGUGGCAGUCGGAUAUCAGCAACCUACAGGAUCAGGUCGGCCUUCUCUACUUCUUGUCGUGCUUCUGGGGCUUCUACCCGGUUUUCGAGGCCAUAUUCACGUUUCCCCAAGAGCGCAUGAUGCUCGAGAAGGAGCGCUCGUCUGGCACGUACCGCCUCUCGUCCUUCUUCAUGGCCCUCACCCUCGGCGACCUCCCGACCGUCCUCGUCCUCCCGACCGCCUUCUACACGGCCGUCUAUUGGAUGGCGGGCCUCAAGCCCGGGCCCGGCCCGUUCCUAUCGGGCCUUGCGGUGACCCUUUACGGCGUGUUGUGCGCGCAGGGCCUGGGCCUCGCCAUCGGGGCACUCGUCAUGGACGCCAAGUCAGCGAACGCGCUGGCGUCGGUUGUGGUGCUCGUCUUCCAGCUGGCGAGUGGUUUCUACGUGCAGCGGAUGCCCGGGUUUAUCGGGUGGAUACGUUACGGGUCGAUUAUGCAGUACACAUACAAGUUGUACCUGGGGACGCAGUACGGGCCGGGCCAGACGUACCCGUGUGGGCCGGGUCGGGUCUGCCAGGUGGCGGAUUUUCCGGCGGUGCGGGCUGUUGGGCUCGGCGGGAAAUGGGUGUGCGUGGCAGCGUUGGGGCUGAUGCUGGUGGUGUAUAGGGUGGUUGCUUACGUGGCGCUGAUGAGGAUUGGGGUGACGGGGAAAUAA